AUAUUGUGCACACGUAAAAAAAAAAAUGUUGGCAGUUGGGGGCCUGUGCCCCAGUAAAACUCUAGGUCUAGCAACGCCCCUGGGGAGGAGCAAGACUGAGGAUUAUGCCAACGAGGAACUAGAGCUCUGCCUCAUUUAUUUUUUGGACAGAGAGCAAUGGGUUUACUGGUGCCAAUCCUGCUGGCUCUUCUAGCCUCUCUAUUUGGAGGGUUUUACCUUUUAGGAGCAUUCAGAAAGCAAAGGCCAGGUGAACCCCCAUUAGAUAGAGGUCCCAUUCCCUGGUUGGGCCACGUGUUGGAGUUUCGCAGGGACACAGCAAAGUUCUUAGAGCGAAUGAAGCAAAAACAUGGGGACAUAUUCACGGUACAACUUGGUGGGAAUUACUUCACAUUUCUCAUGGAUCCUUCAUCUUUUGGAGCUGUCUUCAAGGAGGCCCGCACAAAACUGGACUUCAGUGCUUUUGCAAGGAAGCUGGUGGACAGAGUUUUUCAUUUCAAUCAAAUAGAACAUUCAAAAAAUCAAUUUCAUGUUACCAACAACAGGCAUCUGAUGGGUGAUGGACUAGUAUUAUUGACAGAAAGUACAAUGAAAAAUUUCCAAAAUCUCAUGCUCCACAGUAUAGGCAAAGGUGGAGACCAAAAGACCUGGAUUGAGGAUGGACUUUUCAUGUAUAGUUACAAUAUUGUUUUCAGGGCAGGGUACCUAUCACUGUUCGGCAAUGUGUCUUUAAGGGAGGCCGGGAGCACUGAGAAAUCCUUUGAGAUGGACAGAAUACAAUCUGAUGAACUGUUUACAGAGUUUCAUAAAUUUGAUCAAUACUUCCCCAAACUGGCCUAUGGUGUCCAGUCACCCAGAGAGAGGAUUGAGAUCAGGAAGCUGCUGAGGCUGUUUUGGAAAACUUUGUCAUUACAGGUUGUCAAGAAUAAGGAGAAUCCCAGCGACUGGGUGCGUGAAGAGCAGCAGACCACCGAGAGACAAGGAAUGAAGGAGUUCAUGCAAGAACGAUGCAUGUUUGUAAUGCUCUGGGCAUCCCAGGGAAACACAGGGCCUGCUGCCUUUUGGCUACUAAUGUACCUCCUGAAGAAUCCAGAGGCCAUGGCUGCUGUGAGGAGGGAGGUGGACAGGGUUGUGACGGAAUCUGGGCAGGAAGUGAGGCGUGGUGGCCCGAUCAUCAAUCUGACCUAUGACAUGAUCCAGAAAAGUCUGAUCCUUGACAGUGCUCUUGAGGAGACCCUGCGACUGACUGUUGCCCCCGUUCUCACCAGAGCUGUAAUGGAAAACAUGAACCUCAAAAUGUCUGAUGGUCGUGCGUAUCAGAUUCGACAAGGCGACAGAAUUUCUCUCUUCCCUUACACUGCUGUUCAAAUUGAUUCCGAAAUCCACCCUGACCCACUUUCUUUCAAAUACGACCGCUUUCUUAACCCAGAUGGCAGCAAGAAAAAAGAUUUUUACAAGAACGGGAAGAAGUUGAGGUACUACACAAUGCCCUGGGGAGCUGGUGUCAGUAUGUGCCCUGGCCGUUUCUUUGCCAUGAAUGAGUUGAAGCAGUUUGUGUUUUUCAUGAUAUUAUAUUUUGACUUUGAGCUGAAGAAUCCUAAUGAGGAGGUACCUGACAUUGAUGUCAAGCGAUGGGGUUUUGGGGCCAUGCAACCCACAAGAGAUGUUGGUUUCAGAUACAGACUCCGAUUUUAAAUUACACAUCAGAAUUUUGAGUUAAAUCUUUGUUUAUGGGUGGUAACCUCCAUCCAACUUGUGUAUGUUAUGUUUUCAGGCACCUAAUCUAGUACAGUAUCUAUAACCUAUAUGGCUCAUGGCAGAAUCAUCUUUAAUGAAUCAAAUGUUAAAUAAUACAUACGCACACUCACACAUACACACACACGCACACAGUUGAAAUAUAAGGAGUAGUAUUGCUAACUGCUAAAGAGAGCAAAUCUCUGAUCCCUGACAUCCUGCACAACCCCCUCCCUACCAAACUUGUCCUAUAGCUAGUUAAACAUAUUCAAGAUACCAUGAUCCCUCAUUUAUGUUUUCUCAUGUCAUAACGUACUAUGUUAAUAUAUUAAAUUGCAUGUGUGGUGUUAGGCAAAUGUUAAUAUUUGUAUUAUUGGUAAUUGCAAUCAAGUUUAGACCAGUCAGACCGCUCUUUCAUGAGAAGGGCUUAGUGAUCAAUAUGUAAUGGCGCUUGUGAACAUGUAACAGGAUUACCAGCCAGGGCACAACCUCAGGGGUGGUACGGAGUGGCAGUUAUCCGCCUACAAUAAUGUGCCCUUGGAGAAAUCUCUGAGCUCAUCAGUCAAAGAGAAAAGGAGUGAGGAAGGGAGAACAGAAUGUUCUGCAGUCAGUAUGAAGCAAAUAUUUACUAUUUAGUUUAAACUGUGUGCAAUGUGUGUUAUUUUGUCAAAGGCUAUUGUAGUGUCAUUGAACCCACUGUUUCAGCUGGAAUAAAACACAGUUGAAUAAAACAAAUAGUGUUAUGACGAA